UCAGCAUCCUUCCAACAACCUGUUGACUUCAAACCUACUGCAUCAGAGGAGGAGAAACAACUGACUGAAGCCAUGAUCUCCACAUUACAGAAAACCAUUAGACCAGUGUUGGCUGUCAGAGGAUUGCAUAAGUCUGCAGUGGAAGUCUUGAAGGGCCCGGCCCCUGAGGACACAGUCACAGCCAGCUUUGGGAAGUUCAUCAGCGAAGUAAAGCCCCAGCACUUGUCCUCUGUGGUGCUCCACCGCAGCAAAAGAAUGGUGCUGGACAGCAUUGGGGUUGGUCUGAUCGGCAGCACGACGGAGGUGUUUGAGCUGGCCCUGCAGUACUGCCAGCACAUGUAUGCACCUGAUGACAUCAGCUCUGUGUACGGAUGCAGGGGCACCAGGCUCUCCCCGACACUGGCAGCUUUCGUCAAUGGAGUGGCUACUCACUCCAUGGAUUUUGAUGAUACAUGGCACCCCGCCACUCAUCCCUCAGGAGCAGUCCUUCCUGCUGUGCUAGCACUCAGUGACAUGAUGCCUGCUAACAGCAAACCUAGUGGCCUGGACUUCCUGCUGGCCUUCAACAUCGGCAUUGAGAUCCAGGGCAGAUUGAUGAGGUUCUCUAAUGAGGCUCACAACAUCCCCAAGAGGUUUCACCCUCCCAGUGUGGUGGGGACCAUGGGAAGUGCAGCCGCCUGUGCUCGCCUCUUGUCUUUGGAUCACUCCCAGUGCAGUCAUGCCUUGGCCAUAGCUGCUUCGCUAUCUGGAGCCCCAAUGGCUAAUGCUGCCACUCAGUCGAAACCCCUCCACAUCGGUAAUGCCUCACGUUUGGGGCUGGAGGCUGCUCUGCUGGCGUCCCGAGGCCUAGAGGCGAGCUCUCUGGUCCUGGAUGCCGUUGCUGGUGUGGCUGGCUUCAGUGCUUUUUAUGAAGACUAUGUGCCACAGCCUUUAGAAUCACCUAAUGAUGAUGGCCAUGUGUUUCUGCUAGAGGAGCAGGACAUGGGCUUCAAGCGCUUCCCUGCCCAUCUGGGGAUGCACUGGGUGGCAGAUGCUGCGGCCUCGGUCCAUAAGCUUCUUGUGGGGUUGGGCCCUGGCACUGUCUCCCCAGCUCAAGUCCAAGACAUCCUGCUCAGAGUCCCAAAAUCAAAGUACAUCAACAGGCCUUUCCCUGACUCUGAGCACGAGGCACGCCACUCCUUCCAGUUCAAUGCUUGCAGCGCUCUCCUGGAUGGGGAGGUGACUGUGCAGUCCUUCACACCCGCUGCCCUGAGGCGCCCUGAACUGCUCGCUCUGCUGAGCCGUGUACGUGUAGAGCAUCCCCAAGACAACCCAGCUAAUUUCAACCGCAUGUAUGGAGAAGUCCAGGUGACACUUGCUGGGGGAGACAUCCUGAAGGGACGCUGUGACACCUUCUACGGUCACUGGCGUAACCCGCUGACUAAUGAGAGCCUGAAGAAGAAGUUCAGAAACAACGCAGGGGUGGUGCUUCCCUCAGAGAAAGUUGAGAGGUUGAUUGAUGUGGUGGAGGAGCUGGACAGACAUGGAGACUGCAGGGCCCUUCUCUCACAGCUGCAAUGAAUACUCACAGAUGUGAACAAUAACAGCAAAGAUAUUUACAUUAAGAUGUAUUUCUAAAGACGGAUCUGUCAGUUUUAAAGCUGAAGAAUAUCACUUGUUUACCUGUUGUACAUGGCAAUGAUGGAAACCACACUACAAUGAUUCCACACUUCUGUUACCAGUACUGAUAAAUUCUGAAACAUCUGUUGAGCCAAUUCAGAGUAUAUUUAUCUAAUGUAUAUUGUGUUAAAUUAUGUUAUUGUAUUGUGUCAUUCCAUUUUAUUUUAUUUUAUUAAGAAAUCAUUAUUAUUUGCAAAAUGUGAU